AGGGGGCGUGUCCUGUACGCGCUUACGUCACAUCUGCCAGCACACCAGGAAGUGGGGUUGAAAAAGAUUUCUCUACACAAAUUAGCCGAGAGCGAGGAAACGCCAAGAGAUGGACCCGACGCUUGCUGAGAUGGGGAAUCACCUCUCCGACGCCAUGAAGAUUUUGGAGAGUGGCCCGCUGGACACGGCGCAGGACACAGAGAGACGGCGGCUCAGCUGGAGGGACAUUCCAGGACCUUUACAGGGAGAUGGACAGAAUUUCGUGACCAUUCUGCAGCUCGUCCAAAACCUGAUGCAUGAUGACGAGGACAAACAGGGACACCGGAUGCAGUGUGUUGGAGAGCAAGGUCACAUGGCAUUGCUGGGUCACAGCCUGGCUGCUUACAUCUCCAUCCUGGAUAAAGACCGUGUGAGAAAACUGACCACACGCAUCCUCACCGAUACCACGCUGUGGCUCUGCAGACUCUUCAGGUAUGAGAACGGCUCAGCGUAUUACCACGAGGACGAGCGAGACGGGCUGCUGAAGGUGUGUCGGCUCGUCAUUCACACCCGCUACGAGGAUUACGCUACAGAGGGCUUCAGUGUGUACAGUGUCAAAGCACCAGUCAUUUACCUGAGCGCAGCGUGCAGGCCGGGGCUGGGAGAACACCUGUGCAGCCAGUUGGGCUUGCCUCUGUCUAGCGUCUGCACCGUACCAUGCAACACCAUGUUCGGCUCUCAGCACCAAAUGGAUGUGGCUUUGCUCGACAAGCUUAUCAAAUCGGACAUUGAGGCUGGAAAGCUUCCUCUGCUUCUAGUAGCAAACGCUGGAACUCCCGGUGCGGGUCAUACGGACAAACUAAAUCGCCUGAAAGAGUUGUGUGUUCAGUACAGCGUGUGGCUCCACGUGGAAGGUGUCAAUCUGGCAACCCUGGUGCUUGGAAAUGUCUCUUCUGCAGUCAUGGCAGCCACUAAGAGUGACAGUAUGACGCUGACUCCUGGCCCGUGGCUCGGUCUCCCGGCUGUUCCUGCUGCGACGCUUUACAGACACGAGGAUCCUGCACUGUCUUUAGCAGCAGGUCUCACUUCCAGCCACCCAGUGGAGAAACUUCGUGCUCUUCCUCUUUGGCUUUCGUUACAAUAUCUUGGACACGAUGGAAUUGUAGAGAAGAUCCAACACGCCUCGCAGCUUAGUCAGCAGCUUCUGACCAAACUGAAGACAUUGGCCUCUAUAAAGACUUCGGUCGAGGAUGAGCUCAGUUCUCCGGUUGUCGUGUUCAGGUUCUCUCAAGAUACAAGUUCAGCAUCGAGCGGAGGGUCAGCUGAGGGACCCAGUGGAGGAGAACGAGAUGUACAGGAUGCUCUGAACACAUGGCUCGGGGAGCGCUUGGCACUGCUGGUGCCUGAGAGUGGCGUUGAUGUGAUCGAGCUGGAAGAUGAAGGCGUGUGUGUUCGCUUUAACCCUCUAAUGACUGCUGCAGCUUUGGGCACCCAGCAAGCGGACGUAGCAGCUUUAGCAGACAAGCUAGCGGAGAUGAUCCCCGUGCUGAGCGCCACGCUGCGCUUGAGGCCCGAUUUCCGAGAGGAAGUUCUCCAGUACGCUACCCUGACCUACGUCGAGGAUCUGAGCUGGGCCGGACUCGGAGCUGUGAGGUACGAGCCAAAGAGGACCGACAUGGACGAGGCAAAGCGACAGGUAGAAUUAGAGAAGGUCAACACUGAGCUGCUGAAACUAAAUGAUCUGGACACAGAGCUGGAGUUCUCCACAGGGCCUGAAUUCGGUGAAGAGAAGAACUGCGUGUACAUUGGCGUGGCGUCCGAAGAUCUGGACGUCUCUGUGUUGGUGGACACCAUCGCGUCUGCGGGGAGAGACAUUGAGGAGAGCGGGAAGUUGUUAGAAAACAUGACGGAGGUGGUGAGGAAGGGAAUCCUGGAGGCUGAGCUGCAGCUUCAGAAAGCUACUGAGGAGAAACUCUUGGAGGAGGGGGUGCUGCGGCAGAUUCCCCUUGUCGGCUCUGUGCUCAACUGGUUCUCUCCGAUUCAGAGCUCAGUGAAGGGCCGAGCGUUUGACCUGGCAGCAGGUUGCUUGGACAGCACUGAGCCACUUUACUCCAUGAAAGCUCAGACCAGUAAAAUAUCUCCACCUGAAACUCCUACAUCUACAGCCAAACGUCUCACAGGACAAAAGCUGUUCCGACGCUCUGCCGCCGAGUCCGAGUCGUGCAGCGAGACCAGCUCUGUCUGCCACCUCGACGAAUCUCUAAAGGAGGCGGAAGUUCCUCAUCCUCAUUCUGAGACAGCACCGGAGCUUGUGCCGGGAGUCGAGACGCCGGAUCAGCGCGUCCCCGAGGCCCAGAAGGAGUCCGACUCGAUUAGAUAGAACCGCCUGACCGCGGGCGACGCCGUAGCGGCUGUACACUGUGAAGUGCGCGACCUCGAUGCCUUGACCAAGUAAGACUUGGGCUGCGUUCCAAUACUGUUCGUAACACUCGCUCGUACACUUCCCUUUUUGCUCUGCUCUGCCCCCUGGUUUCAUGUAGUUUCCUUUUCAAAUGGACAAAAAAAAAAAAGAGCAAUAAAAUACACACAUAAGAGCAGUUGUUCCAGCUGUUCCACCUAAACCUUCACUUGUACCUCCUCUGCUUUUCAUAUGCUUCUCGAACCACCGGGAAGUCGACGAGCACGUGUUUAAACAGUAUUGAAACGCAGGACAGGAAGUACUGAAGGUUUGUCCUACACGUGGAAAACACAACUGGAAAAUUUCAUCAGUGCGCGUCGCAUUGCUUACGUUCCUCUCCGUUCUAUCGCUAAUUAUCGUCCGUCGCUGCCGUUUGGUGAAUAUUCGCCGAUCCGGUUGCGAUUUGCAGCGUUGUUUCUUUUUUUUCGUUCGUUGAGACUUUGUUUACGUCAUAUAUAAAGUUUUGUUUGAUCUGGGUUGGGCUUCUAUACACUUUUGUUUGUUUUUUUAGCUACACUUGUAUCACUUCAAUUUAUAUAAAAAAAAAAAAAGUGUACACGCUGUCUUUGUUCCCCACCCCCUAGUGAUCCAUCAACCGAAAUGUGUCUAAAGUCUGUUUAAUCUCGUUCUGUAGUUUCUCGGUGGCUAUGAGGCUAAUUUUAGGGCUUAUAACGCGUGCUCUAACGUUUGCAUCAUCCGCAUCAUCUAAUUCAUUAAAAAGCCACAUUAUGACUUAUUCUGUGAUAAAACGGUUAAAAAUUAUCGCUUGAAGGAGUCUCCAAUGUCAGGGAUUUAUAACGGUCAGGAGGUUUUUCACCACAAGGACGUCCUCACAAGGACGUCCUCACAAGGAAGUCCUCACAAGGACGUCCUCACAAGGACGUCCUCACAAGGGGGGUUACAGAUUUAUUUUUUUUUUGGUGUCAGGAAAGUGAGGACUUUAGAUAAAGAAAGACAUAAGCAAGAACAGGAACUAAUAGUUUUGUUGUUGACAUUUAACGGUUUAAAAAGCACGCCGUGAUGUUCCUGAUUAAAAAAAAUUGCAGUUUGUAAUCGUCUGCCAAAUUGCUGUGUUUAAAAGGAAACAAACAAUUUGGGGGAUUCGGGGUAUGAAGGACAUUUUGUACAGUAAAUUAAUUUCUCUGAUCUACUGCUUACGUUAUGUUUGUUUGACGGGCUUUUUUUUUAUUCUGUUUGUUCGUUUGUUUCGUCUGGCGCUCUUCCUGAAAAUGAAGUCGAAUAUAAUUCUAUUAAUAAUUGCACUUUGCUUUUGUACAGAUUGACAUAACUUGAUCAAAAUCGUCUUUAUUUAUUCUACUGAUUAAUAUCUGUGAGGACUUUAUCAAACUCUAAACUAGGAUGCUUCACGAAGUCGAUCCUAAGCGGUUGUUCUUAUAACUGUGGGGUGUUUGGGGGUUUUUUUUGUCCUGGAAACGGGAAAGAUUCACUGGUUUUUGAAUGUUUACUGUAAAAUGUCAAAUGUCCCGGCUGUUUGUGAUAAUGUUACGUACACUGGCGAGUUAUUAUCGAAAUUGUAGUGCCAUCACCACAAAGCCACUGAUGAAGUCGUUCCCUUUAGUCAUGUCCUCCUUAUUUCUCCACGCUCGCUAAUAAGAGCUUCGAAAUAUCGUAUGAAGUGUGAACACACGAAAUCUCUUUUCACCGAUAGAUAGGCGAUCGACUUUGGACGACGCCUGUUUUUCACCAGAAACACGUAUAUUCGUUGACGUCUUACGUAAAAAUUCACGAAGGCCAACGCCAAUUAAGACUGGAUGAUCCUUUAAAGCAGCUACACUGUCUUCAUUUGGUGCAAUAAAUAAACUAGUAGUUGUUUUUCUUUCUUUCUUUCUUUCUUUCUUUCUUUCUUUCUUUCUUUUUUCCUUGUGGCAGAACAAAUUCCGUGGAUUCUAUCCGUUUUUAUAAUCACGUGAGCUUUCUCCAGAAAGCGAGUCUGUAAAUUAUAAUAAAGGUUAUGAUGCCAAAUGACA